AUGCAGUAUCCGCUUUCCAUAUUGUCUCGCUUGGCGCACACACUUUUAUCCUUGAGACUCUUACAAUCAUUGGUCACUUUACAAGUUCGUCGUUUAGACUUUGCGUACUUUUCCGUCGCACAAGGAGUUGUUUUAUUCCAUCGAUAUUUUGUAAUGUCAGUCUCAAGUUCCAUUCCAAAGAACGUCUCAAGCUUUUGCAUAUCAACCGUUUUUGUCAUUUCAAGGCGACGUUGCAAUGAAGCUCCAUGUGUAGCUCCAGAUACGUCAAUGUUUCCGUCGUCUGUGGAACGUCAAAACCGAUAG